UCGAAGGCAGUCUUCAAUAGCCCCUUCAACAGGCGCGCUAGAUUGAUACAUGUCUAUUGAUAUCAUCGCUGGAUAUCAAUAGGUUCACAUCCAAUUGCAUCCAGCGAUGCAUUGGUAUACUUGGCGAAGCACGUCUUCAACAAGGGCGUGUCUUGUGUUCUUACUGCAGCCCUCUGAGUACCUGCGUGCUAUCGCCAUUGUUGCAUGCGUCGGUGUGCUUCUCCAACACUCGUGCUGUGCUCGUCUCUGUAAGCUAAUUGAACCACCGCUUCGCACGCUUUUUUCGACCCCCGCCCAAUUCGCGGCCCGGGGUGCCCACGCAGUGGGUGCCCCUUACUCGGAAUCCUGACAACAGCAACGAUCAAAGCAUCCAGCUCCGUUGCCCGCUGCCGAAGCUCGCAAACUUUAGGACAUUCCAUGAAACCGCUCUCUCUCAGGCCUAGGGUGCAUUACGUGAUACCACUCUCUCUCCAAGUCCGGCGGAGGAAGAUGAAGUACCUUUUCCUCGCCCUGGCCCUCUCAGCGAUGGCAGCAAGAUCUCAGCUCUGCGAGUUCGAGUGCCCGUCAGGGACGAAGAUGCUGCAGGACUACGAAUACGUAUCCAACGGGUGGUAAGCACACGAAAUGUCACAUAGAGGGAAGAAAGGCAGCGCGUUGCGUACGUACGCCGUGUUUGCCUUCCUUCAGUGGCUCGGAAACGAUGGGCAUCAGAGUGGACCCUGGUCAGCAGACAAACAAACCACCAAAGAGAAAGGAAAACAAACAGCUCCGAUCUCACAUGGUGUGCUGUGUGUCGGUUUUCACUCAGAAUUCGCAUUUGAACCUUGCUGCGAUCUCCACGACGCGUGCUACGAGAUAUGCGGCAUGGCCAGAGAGACCUGCGAGGACGAGUUCAGCUCCUGCAUGAAGAAGGUGUGUGACGGCCUCACCAACGAAGACGACAGGGCCCGGUGCUCAAACCAGCAGAAGCUCUUCGUCUUCGGCACGACCGCCUUCGGCUGCGUGUCGUUCCUCUCCGCACAAAAGGAGUCAUGCACGUGCGCGGAGCCGAGUGCGUGUUCCCUGGAGGCGCAGGUGGCGCCGCCAGCCUUCAUGGAGGGCGCUGCUGCUGCGGCGGCGGGGGAAGCGGCGUGCGACCCCGCCAAGCAGCUGAUGAGGGGGGCGCUGGAAAAGAUGUACGGGAAGCUGAGCAUGGCCGACAAGGCGGGCAACGCGACAUUCAUCGAGUCCACGCUGGACAAACAUGAGGCUAAGUACCCUGAGCUGGUGCUUUCUAUGAUCAAGUAGCUGCGACAGGAGAAGAAUAUGCAAUCGGGACUGACUUGGCGUACACAGUGCGUGCGUGCGUGCGUGUGUGUGUGUGCAGGCAGUACCCCAAGCAGCUGAUUAAGAUGAAGGAGUGGGGCGCGUCGGACAAUGAUGCCGACAGAGUGUGACCCCUCACUCAUCCACUGGUGUGGAAGGAACAGCUGAGAGAGCAGGAGAGAC